AUGAGAGGGAAAGAUGAAAAACAUAUGGAAGAAAAGAAAAGAGAGAAAAACAAGAAAAAAAGAAACAAGAAGAAGGGAGGAAAGAAAGAGAGAAAAAAAAAAAGAAAAGAAAAAAAAAAAAAAAGAAAAGAAGAGAGAAAAACAAAAAAUAAACAAGAAAAAAGAAGAGAGGAAGAAGAGAAAAAGAGAAAAAAAAAGAAUAAAAAAAAAAGAAAAAAUAGAAAAAAGAUGAGAAAGAAGGAGAGAAAGAGGAAAAGAGAUAAAAAAAAAGGAGAAAAAGAGGAAAAGAAGAAAAGAAAAGAAAAAAAGAAAAAAGAAGAGAAAAAGAGUAAAUAA